AUGGCCAACUUGUCGUACGUCGCGCGUCUGACGCAGAUCGGCCCCCCCGGCUCGGGAAAGACGACAUACUGCCAUGGAAUGUACCAAUUUCUCACGGCCGUUGAGCGCCCCGUGCAGAUCGUGAAUCUGGACCCUGCGAACGACACGGUCCCCUACCCCUGUGCGGUUUCGCUCUCUGAGCUCAUCUCUGUGCGCGACGUGAUGGCUGAGCUGGAUCUCGGCCCCAACGGCGCCAUGCUGUACUGUAUGGAAUACCUCGAACACAACCUCGACUGGCUCGAGAGCCGGCUUGCGGUGCUGGACAGCGACUAUGUCAUCUUUGAUCUCCCCGGCCAAGUCGAGCUCUCUACGAACCACCCCAGUCUAAAGCGUAUCCUGGAGCGGCUGCAGAAGCAGCAAGACUGGCGGCUCGUCGCCGUGCACCUUGCAGAUGCAAGCAACAUUUCCGACCCUGCGCGCUAUGUCUCCCUUCUGAUUCUCGCGCUGCGUGCGAUGCUCAUGCUCGAGCUCCCCCACGUAAAUGUGCUGAGCAAGAUGGAUUUGCUGGACGACGAGCAGCGCGACGCGCUCCUUUUUUCGCUCGACUACUAUACAGAGGUGCAGGACCUGUCCUAUCUAAGCGACCACCUCGCCGAGUCCCAGCCGCGCCUCGCGGCGAUGAGCCGUGUACUGUGCGAGGUGGUAGAAGACUUUGGCCUGGUCUCCUUCGAGACGCUCGCCGUGGAGGACAAGGCUUCCAUGCUGCACCUUGUCCAAGUAUUAGACCGUGCGAUUGGCUACGAAAAGGUGACCAAGGCGUGGGGGAGAGGAGCGCCUCUUCCCUUGAUGCGGCUCCUGGCGCUCCUCGCAAGUGUCUUGCCGCUAGGCGUCUUUGCGGCGGGCACGCCGUCGGCAAUCAAUGCGACGAGUCUGAUUCCCGAUGAUAUCUCGGACACCUGCUACACGCUGCUGACGCGGCUGAACGAAGACAGCGUCUUCCAAAAGUGCACCGAGCCGCUGAUCGAGGCGACGGACAUUUACUCGAACCUCUCGUCAACGUCGAACACGUCGAGCGACUCGCUGAGCAAGUCGCUCGACUCGCUGUGUAACCACGACUAUGGCUGCGACAGGACCGUGGUGCGCCAGUACAUUGCCUACUUCUGGGACCAGUGCUCGGACGAGCUCGAGGCGCAGAACGACCAGGUGAUGCAGCUGUACGACUACAUGUACAUCUUCAACCCCUUCCGCGAUGCGAUCUGCUCCAAGGACAACAAGAACAACUACUGCCUGCAGACCCUCGCGCCGUUCAUGCAGCCCUCGGCGGAUCUCCAGAUGCUCCAGCUGAAUGCCAUGGUGCCCGACGCGGGCGACGUGUACAGCGAUGCGUACUGGUCGCACGUCAUGGCCACGAUGCCUUCCUCGAACUCGAGCUCGAGCUCGAGCGAGGCGCUGGCGCCGGAGCAGGUCUUCCUUUUCCUCUCGGGCUCCACCGACAAAGACACGCUGUGCUCCGAGUGCACCCGCAAUGUCCUUGCGGCGUACAUCGGCUUUGAGAUGGGCACGCCGUACGCACUCGGCACCGAGCGCUCGGCCGUGCUCAAGCCGCAGCAGACGAUCUAUGACAAUGCGCGGAAGCAGUGCGGCGCCGACUUUGUGCACAGCAUCAACCAGCAGGCCGGCGUGCAGCAGUUUGCCGACGCAAGUGGCGCAGCGGCGCUGCGCGUGUCGGCGUGGGCAUUCGUAGUGGUAGUGGGUGCGGCGCUGGCGCUGCUGUAG